AGCCGUGCGUGGAGUGAGGGCCCUGCUGCUGGCGUCCCACACCCAUCUCGGGGCACAACUCUGUGCGUCUCUCCCUGAGUUAGUCCACCCUCCGCUGAUGCGAGUCAGGGAUAGAGAAACCAAGCCAGGUGUCGGGAGGUGUGGGGUCUCAGAUGGACCCUUUGCUGUCACAGCUACUCUUUGUGGCCUUGUCCUGGUACCUGUUAACCCAGGCUAUGACUCUCUGCCUCUCAGACCAUUCUGCAAUCUGAUACCUAUAUGAGGGCCGAGCCUAGCAAUGCUGUGCUAAGCACACUCCCAAAUACAUGCCUUCUGUCACACCGUUAGGAUACCUGUUGCUUCUGUUCUCAUGAGCCUUGAGAAACUAGAGUCCGAGGUCUGAUUUCUGCUCCCUCGUAGCCCCUUCUCCACAUGUCCCUGGUAGCUCUCCUUACUACAGGUUGAGAAACAGGAUCUCCCGCUCCCCCGCCCCAGGUGUGCACACCUACCACGAGUGUACUUUAAAUGUGGCACCCAGAGAAGGCCAGGCCGCAUUCAGGGCCCCAGAUGCCUUGCCGUAAUUGGGGUGUAUGUCUCAGACUAUCUGAAAGACAUAGCAGGCAGGGUCAUGGCUACGCUGCCAGGUAAGACCUGCCUUCCUUGGGUAGAAGAGGAGAUCUUGGCUCCAGUGGAUUCAGGGAGGCAUUGGGGGACACCUACAGAGUCAACAAGGCCCCAGGGCUCCGGGCUGGGGGGCAGGCGGGUGAGGGUCCAAGGCUUUGGAAAUCUCCCUGCUGCUCCUUUGGCUGACUGUCCUUCCACCUGUGUCCAGCUUGCCUUCGAGGGCUGUUGCAUGCUGCCAGCUCUGUCAGAAGGUGACACCACUGCUUCUGCUCUUGUUCCUGGGGGACCACAUCUCUGAGACACAGAGAUGCCUGUCUGCUUUUCACUGUCCUGCUGUUGGUGGUACCCUGGGAAGAGGGCAGCAAGGCCUAUGGGCCAGCCAGUUAUGCCAGCUGCCCUCGCCCAGCUGUACCUGCUCACACCAGGCCUGUGGUAGGGCUGCCCUCUAAGCAUCUGUAGAAACCACAGGAGCCUCUGAAAGCCAGAUGGAGCCCACCUGCCCUGUCCUGCUCCGGGCACCUGCUCGUGUCCUUGUCUGGAGCAGCUUUCCUGGCCACACUGUCUUCUUUCCCUACCACCUUGUCUGGAAUAGUCUUGCCAUAAAUCGUAGUAUUUCAUGUUUUAGUUCAUUGUAUGUUUUGUUUGGUUUAUCUUGUUUUUAAAAGUGUUUUAACCAAACAGUUGUGGCUACUCAUGGUGAGGAAAGACCGCUAAGAGUGUGGGGUCUUUGCAAUACAUUGGAGGUCACUGCUCCCGUUGAUGUUAGGAGGUUGAGAGGUUUGCCUUAGGGUCCAAACGAUGAGAUGUCUGAGUCCGGACAGUCCUCAGCCGCUGCCACACCCAGCACCACAGGCACCAAGUCCAACACGCCCACGUCCUCCGCACCCUCGGCUGCAGUCACACCGCUCAACGAGAGCCUGCAGCCGCUGGGGGAGUUCGGCGGCGGCACGAAGAACAACAAGCGGGCGCGGGAGAAGCGCAACAGCCGCAACAUGGAGGUCCAGGUCACCCAGGAGAUGCGCAACGUCAGCAUAGGCAUGGGCAGCAGUGACGAGUGGUCUGAUGUUCAGGACAUUAUUGACUCCACCCCAGAGCUGGAUAUGUGUCCUGAGACCCGCCUGGACCGCACAGGAAGCAGCCCCACCCAGGGCAUUGUGAACAAGGCUUUCGGCAUCAACACUGACUCCCUGUACCACGAGCUGUCCACGGCGGGGUCCGAGGCCAUCGGGGAUGUGGACGAAGGGGCCGACCUGCUAGGGGAGUUCUCAGUGCGCGAUGAUUUUUUUGGAAUGGGCAAAGAAGUGGGAAACCUGCUGUUGGAAAAUUCACAGCUCCUAGAAACCAAGAACGCUUUGAACGUGGUGAAGAAUGACCUCAUUGCCAAGGUUGACCAGCUGUCGGGGGAGCAGGAGGUACUGAAAGGGGAGCUGGAAGCUGCCAAGCAGGCCAAGGCUAGACUGGAGAACCGAGUCAAGGAGCUGGAGGAAGAGCUAAAACGAGUGAAGUCUGAGGCUGUCAUUGCCCGUCGUGAGCCCAGAGAAGAGGUGGAGGAUACAAGCAGCUAUCUCUGUACAGAACUGGACAAGAUACCCAUGGCCCAGCGCCGCCGCUUCACUCGGGUGGAGAUGGCACGGGUGCUCAUGGAGCGCAACCAGUACAAGGAGCGGCUCAUGGAGCUGCAGGAGGCCGUGAGGUGGACCGAGAUGAUCAGGGCAUCGCGAGAGCACCCGUCUGUUCAGGAGAAGAAGAAGUCCACCAUCUGGCAGUUCUUCAGCCGCCUCUUCAGCUCCUCCUCCAGCCCGCCUCCCGCCAAGCGCUCCUACCCAUCAGUGAACAUCCACUACAAAUCCCCCACCACUGCCGGCUUCAGCCAGCGCCGCAGCCACGCCAUGUGCCAGAUCUCAGCCGGCAGUCGGCCUCUGGAGUUCUUCCCGGACGAUGACUGCACCUCCUCCGCCCGGCGUGAGCAGAAGCGUGAGCAGUACCGCCAGGUUCGAGAGCACGUACGCAAUGACGAUGGCAGGCUGCAGGCCUGCGGCUGGAGCCUGCCUGCCAAGUACAAACAGCUGAGCCCCAGCGGGGGCCAGGAGGACACGCGGAUGAAGAACGUCCCUGUGCCUGUGUACUGCCGCCCCCUGGUAGAGAAGGACUCCACCAUGAAGCUAUGGUGUGCCGCUGGUGUCAACCUGAGCGGGUGGAAGCCAAGUGAAGAGGACUCUGGCAAUGGAGUCAAGCCGAUUCCCGGCCGUGACCCUCUGACCUGUGACCGGGAAGUGGAAGGCGAGCCCAAGAGCGACCAUGCGUCCCCUGAGAAGAAGAAGGUCAAGGAGGCGCCGGAGACCGAUGCCACCUCCAGCCGGGUGUGGAUCCUCACCAGCACCCCAACCACCAGCAAGGUGGUGAUCAUUGACGCCAACCAGCCCGGCACGGUCGUGGACCAGUUCACAGUCUGCAACGCUCACGUCCUAUGCAUCUCCAGCAUCCCCGCGGCCAGCGACAGCGACUACCCCCCGGGGGAGAUGUUCCUGGACCGCGAUGUGAAUCCCGAGGACUCCAGCGCCGACGGCGUGCUAGCUGGCAUCACCCUGGUGGGGUGUGCCACCCGCUGCAACGUGCCACGGAGCAACUGCUCCUCCCGGGGAGACACCCCCGUGCUGGAUAAGGGGCAGGGGGAGGUGGCAGCCACGGCCAGCACGAAGGUCAAUCCAUCCCAGUCCACGGAGGAAGCCACGGAAGCCACAGAGGUGCCAGACCCUGGACCCAGCCAGCCGGAGGCCACUGCUGCUCGGCCUGGGCCCCUUACAGAGCAUGUGUUCACUGACCCGGCACCCGCCCCACCGUCCAGCACCCAACCUGCCAGUGAGGACAGGCCGGAGCCAGGUGUCAGCAGGGAGCAGCCGCCGCUCGAGCCCAGCGCAGAGCCCUCGGCAUCCAUCAGCAGUGCGGCACCCACCAUGUGGCUGGGAGCCCAGAAUGGCUGGCUCUACGUGCAUUCAGCCGUGGCUACCUGGAAGAAGUGUCUGCAUUCCAUCAAGCUGAAGGACUCCGUGCUGAGCUUGGUGCACGUGAAAGGCCGCGUGCUGGUGGCUCUGGCGGACGGGACCCUGGCCAUCUUCCACCGUGGCGAAGAUGGCCAGUGGGACCUGAGCAACUACCACCUGAUGGACUUGGGCCACCCGCACCACUCCAUCCGCUGCAUGGCCGUGGUGUACGACCGCGUCUGGUGCGGCUACAAGAACAAGGUGCACGUCAUCCAGCCCAAGACGAUGCAGAUUGAGAAGUCAUUUGAUGCCCACCCAAGGCGGGAGAGCCAAGUACGGCAGCUGGCAUGGAUUGGCGACGGGGUGUGGGUGUCGAUCCGCUUGGACUCCACCCUGCGGCUCUACCACGCCCACACCCACCAGCACCUGCAGGAUGUGGACAUCGAGCCCUAUGUCAGCAAGAUGCUGGGGACCGGCAAGCUGGGCUUCUCCUUUGUGCGCAUCACCGCCCUGCUCAUUGCAGGCAACCGCCUCUGGGUGGGCACCGGCAACGGGGUGGUCAUCUCCAUCCCCCUGACUGAGACCGUGGUCCUCCACCGAGGCCAGCUCCUGGGGCUCCGAGCCAACAAGACUUCCCCCACAUCUGGAGAGGGAACCCGCCCAGGGGGCGUCAUCCAUGUGUACGGGGACGACGGUAGUGACAGGUCCGCCAGCAGCUUCAUCCCAUACUGCUCCAUGGCCCAAGCCCAGCUCUGCUUCCACGGGCACCGCGAUGCCGUCAAGUUCUUUGUCUCGGUGCCAGGGAACGUGCUGGCCACGCUCAACGGCAGCGUGCUCGACAGCCCGACCGAGGGCCCGGGGCCCUCCAUGCCUGCCGUGGAGGCCGAGGGCCAGAAGCUGCGGAACGCACUGGUGCUCAGCGGCGGGGAAGGCUACAUCGACUUCCGCAUUGGGGACGGAGAGGACGACGAGACGGAGGAAGGCACCGGGGACGUGAGCCAGGCGAAGCCCGGGCUGUCCAAGGCUGAGCGCAGCCACAUCAUUGUGUGGCAGGUGUCCUACACCCCUGAGUGAGGCCCUGCCCUGCCUGAUGCCAACCUGUACAUAGGACCCCUGCCCGCCUGCUCCCGCCUGUCCCCCUGGGGCAGCCAGACACUCAUCCACCCCCUCUAACCUCUCAACGUGCAGCUUUCACCUGAGCCCUGGGCCCCGCGGGCAGGGAGGUGAUGCUGUCGCUGGAGGGCGGGUGUGGGUGUCACUCCUGGUGAGGGGGGGAAGGCCCUCCGCACCUCCUCCCCAGCAGCUCCCAACCACUGCCCCGCCCAGCUCCCUGGAGCCCAGGGGCACCCUGGAGCCAGCCCUGCGGAGGCCCGGCCCCCUCACCACUGCGGAGGAGGCCCCUCCUCCGGCGUCCCAGUGCUCUGCAUGCAGUCCCUGGGCUGGGGCCAUGGCUCUCAGACCCUUGUUCCACAGAGGAGCCGGGCCCAGCCACCAUCCUCUGCCCAGAGAGAGGGGGCUCGGACUGCUCAGGUACCUGGACCCCAGCCCAUCUUCUCUGGCCUUCCCACCCCAAGCCCAUUCCCUUCACCCCGACCCGGGCUGCGCCCGCAAUCUGGCAUGGAAGCUCGGGCAGGGGCAGCUGCUUCAGAAGAUGAACCGGACACUCCAUAUCCCACUGGAGCCUGAGGCUGUCGGCCCUUCAUUCCCCACGUCCCCAGGCUCUCCCUGGGCACAAGCCCCACCGCCAAGGAGCAAACCCCUGCUGCACUGCCCCUCCCAGAAGCCCCUUGGGUGGAAUUCUCAGGCUGCCGUGGCAGGCGCAGGCCUCAGGAAGAAGGGAAGGCCCGGCCUCCCCUGGGUCAGGCCUAGGGUGCAGGCUCAGCCUCAGGUUGGUGGGGGAUGGAGUGCUCCUGGGGCCUGCCUCCUGCACAGGGCUCCAUGGCGUCCAGCUCCCAGACACGUACUAAGUGCCUAGGGUUGCCCUCUGUGGCCUGCUCCCCCGGAGAGCAACUGAGGAGAGGCUGCCAGGCAGAGGCCAGGGCCGAGGGUGGGGCCGGGCAGCCCCGCGAUAGGGGGGUGUCGUGGGUCGCUGGGCGCGUCCACCUUCCAGCCCAGGCCUUAUUCCCGCUCUAGAGGCCCCGCCACCCCCUCCCACCAGAGAAGCACAGAUCUCGGGGAGCUGCCCCUUGAGCCCGGCUGGCCACGGCAGGCUGCAGGCUUCUCCCCACUGCCCUGCCACCUCUCCACUGUGAUGUACGUCCUUUGUCUGUUCCUACAGGAGCAUGAAGUGACUGGGGUUAGCUGGGCGGGUGCAGCUGGAGGAAGGGGCCGGGCGCAAUUCUCCUCAAGCUUUGGCCCUGCAAGUGAACCCACAUAUCUGCCCUGUAUGUAAUAAACGUCUGAACACCGCA